AUGCUCGCAUCUGCCGCACGAGAUCCACGGGACGUGUUGAACGAGAAGGCCGAUCAUAUUCUCAAUGGCUUCAAAUUGAACUGGAUGAAUUUGCGAGAUGCAGAGAGUGGGCGGAUAUUGUGGCAGAGCACUGAAGACAUGGCUGACCCUCACCACGAGCACGAAGCCCACGUUCCAAAGAGCAUACUCAAAUGCCGCACCGUAUCACGGGAAAUCAAUUUCACGUCCAGCGAGAAAAUCGACAAGUUCCGAUUAGAGCAACGAGUGUUCCUGAAAGAGAACAUUAUUGAAGGUUAG